AUGUAUUCAAGUAAUUCUACACAAGUAAUCGCUGAUUUUUUUAAUCGACCUUGCUAUAGAGUAAACGUUCUAACUUUGAGAAUAUGCGGAUUGUGGCCAUAUCAGUCAAAAUUUGAGGGAAAAUUACUGCGUUUUCUAUGGGCAUUUUUUGUUUCAUCUCAAAUGAUACCACAAAUAUGUGUUUGCAUAACUGAUUUUGGAAUGGAUACAUUAACGUCAACUAUUCCCCCAUUCACAGUCGCUAUUAUUGCUGGUGCCAAAAUGAUCAUAAGUACUUUAAAAGUUAAUCAGAUAAUAGAAUUAUUGGUAACCAUACAAAAAGAUUGGAGUAAAUUAAAAUCGGAAACCGAAUGUGAGAUUAUGAAAAAACAUUUGGAUCAAGGAAAAAAAUUGACUCUUUUUAUAUCGAUAUGGUAUUAUAAUUCGAUGGUCGUAUUUCUUUUAUUACCGAUGAGGCCAAAAGUUAUGACGUGGUUGGGGUUGUCGCAAGGACCGGCUGAUUUUGAUUUUCCGUAUCCAGUUAAUUAUGGAGUUGAUCACGAUAAAUAUUUUUAUGCUAUAGAAACGCAUAUAAGUUUCUGUUCAACGCUUGUUAUUACAACAAUUAUAGCUGCUGACACGCUUUUUAUUGUUUUGGUUCAGCACAUAUGCGGAAUUUUUAAGAUAAUAAGUUAUCGAUUAGAAAAUUUGGUGAGUUCGAGUAAUUUGGAUAUCGAUCUACAUCCAAGCAAAAUCAAUGACAGAGCAUUUUGGGUAAUUUCGGAUUGUAUAAAAAAACACAAUAAGGCAAUUCAAUUUGCAGAAUUACUUGAAAAUUCAUAUUGUUGGAUAUUUUUCAUAAGUGUCGGUUUAGAAACACUGCUUAUGACAUUUUCAGGUGUACAGCUAGUAUCACAAAUGAGUAAUAUUGAUGGAUUGUUCCGUUACGGACCAUUUGCAUUCGGUCAGCUAGUUCACGUUUUUAUUGAAAACGCAAUUUCUCAGCAAUUAAUAAAUUACAGUGGUGGAAUUAAUGAUGCAAUAAGUAUGAUAAAAUGGUAUACUCUGUCAAUGAGAUCACGAAAACUACUAACUUUCAUGAUUAUGAGAAGUCAAGUUAUUUGUUCUGUAUCAGCCGGAAAAAUGAUUAUUAUGUCGAUGGAAACUUUCGGUAUGAUUCUCAAAACAACAAUGUCUUAUUUCACAAUUUUGAGUUCCAUGCAAGAGGAUUAA